CUGUCAAUCAUCCGAAGAAGACACAACCUGAGACACGACAUCGCAGAUCGCUGGCUCGGACGUGCAUCGAUCAAUCAAAUUGCGCCAAAAAAGUGACACCUCCAACGCCAUGGCAGAAACAAGUUCUCAGCGAAGCAGUCUCAAAGACUUCCUGGCAUCGCUGGCCACCAUCAAGGGCGAUCUGAGCAACAUCACGGCACCACCGUUUGUCCUCGCCGACAAGUCCACGACAGAAUUUCCGCGCUAUUGGAUUGAGCAACCAGAUCUAUUCUGUGCGCCUGCGCAAGAGCAGGAUGCAGCAAAGCGCAUGCUCGCAGUCCUGACCUGGUUCCUCGCCAGUCUCAAGGCCCAACAAUAUGCCGGGCGCGAUCCCAGCGAAGGAACCAAGAAGCCGUUGAAUGCGUUUCUGGGUGAGAUCUUUACCGGCAGUUGUGGGCCUGAAAACGAUGAAACCAAACUCGUUGCGGAGCAAGUGAGCCAUCAUCCCCCAGUGACCGCCUGCUACUUGUGGAACGAGAAGAACGGCAUUCGCGCGGAAGGCUAUACACGACAAGAAAUCACCUUCAAUGGUUCUGUCAACAUCCAGCAGAUUGGCCACGCCGUCCUGCAUAUAGAUGCGUUCGAUGAGGAUUACCUGAUUCCGUUGCCCAACAUUAAGGUGAAGGGGAUAUUGACAGGAUCGCCUUAUCCUGAACUGCAAGGAUCGUACUCGAUCAUCUCAUCUGCUGGAUAUGUGGCAGACAUUGAGUUCAGCGGCACAAAACUGUUGGGAUUGGGCGGCACGAAGAAUCACGUCGAGGCAGGGAUCUAUCGUGCAGACGAUACUAGCCGGAAAGAACGUCUAUUCCAUGCUGCCGGUAGUUGGUCUGAUAAGUUUGAGAUUCAAGAUCAUGUCGGGACCGUGAUAACAACAUAUGAUGUUACAUCAGCUAAACCUGCACCUUUCCGGACGCUUGCUCCCAACGAGCAGGACCCGUGGGAGUCGCGAUCCGCGUGGGGCGGUGUUAUCAAGGCGAUCGAUGAGGGCGAUAUGCAAGGCGUGGCCGACCACAAGUCCGCGCUGGAGAACGCUCAACGUGAGAUGCGCAAGCAGCCAGAAACUGACGAAAAGUCGUGGAAAGCACUGUUCUUCAAACCAGGCGAGAAUGCCGUCGCUGAGAGGCUUUCGAGGCAGAUUGGCAAGGACUUGGCGCCUGAAAAGACAUGCGGUGUAUGGCGAUAUGAUGCCAGCGCAUUCGCGAGUGCAAAGAGACCUUGGCGGGAAAAUCUCACGCCACACGGUCCAACCAAUAAAGCAUAGGGGGAGAUACGCUGAGUAGCUCGGGGAUGGCCGCAAGGGCCGCUCCGCAGGCGAGGGCGCGCGGUAGGGGCGUUGGGGGCGCUCAAAAAGAGAAUUGGGGGACGCUGGACGGUGGGGUGCGUGAAUUUUCACAUUUUCCGGGUCGAUGCGAUUGGAUUUACGACUUAAAAAUGGCCAGAUGCUGUAGCGCGCGCGAGAUUCAUGUGAACGAAAAUGACACCUGAGAGUUCGGACUUUUGGAAUAUUCGAGGCUCUGUAG